AUGAAGACCUCGGUACUCCUGGGCUGGAUGUCCCUGAACAUCAUCAACUCUCACGAGGUGAAUCGAGUUACCAAUGCUGCAGCCGUCUCCCACCCAAAGGACUUCGCUUCCCGAGCUGUGAAUCAUGUCCAAUCUCGUGCCCUCCCAGAUGCACCCGACGGCUAUGCUCCCGUGCAUGUCACCUGUCCAUCCAGCCGGCCGACCAUUCGGUCUGCCUCCGCACUGUCCUCCCAUGAGACCGCAUGGCUCGAAGCUCGCCGUCAGAAGACCGAAUCCGCCCUGAAGGACUUCUUCGGGCAUAUCGAGAUUAAGGACUUUGAUGCGGUGAGCUACCUCGCGAACCACUCGGGCAGCGACUUGCCCAAUGUCGCCAUUGGCAUCUCGGGGGGUGGUCUGGUGGCGUGUCUGAAUGGCGGCGGUGCGAUCAAGGCCUUCGAUAACCGCACCGAAGGAUCCACCGCCAAAGGUCAACUGGGUGGUCUGCUGCAGUCAGCCACCUAUUUCGCCGCCCUCAGUGGUGGCUCCUGGGCUCUCGGCUCCAUUUACAUCAACAACUUCACCACCGUCUCGAAUCUCCAGGAGAACCUGUGGGAUUUCAACUCGGAGGAGAUUAUCUUUGGUCCCGCUGGGAUGUCGUAUACUGAUUUCUGGGGCAAUAUCUCCUCCCAAGUCAAGAGCAAGCGGGAUGCGGGAUUCAAGACGGGGGACGCCGACUUCUGGGGCCGGAUCCAGGGCUACAACUUCUUCAAUGCCAGCCACGGUGGGGUCGACUACACCUGGUCCUCCAUCGCCAAAACCCCGUCCUUCCAGAGUGGUGAUAUGCCGAUGCCGCUGGUCGUCAUGACGGGCAACCAAGCAAGCACCGAGACGCUGUCCAGCUCCCCGGCCACCUAUCCCAUCUACGAGACGACGCCGUGGGAGUGGGGUACCUACGACGACGACAUCUACGGCUUCGCCCCCUUGGAGUAUCUGGGCACUCGUUUCGUCGACGGAGUCGUGCCGGACAAUGAAACCUGCGUCCGGGGCUUCGACAAUGCGGGCUUCAUCACCGGCUCGUCCAGCGACAUUUGGAACGAGAACGGGCGCGAUAUCAAGUACUAUCUCGAGUACGCUCUCGACGAAUACGAAGCCGCCGCGCCCAACUCCUCCACCGUGACUUUCCUGAAAGCCGCCAUCGCGGACUUCGACAACGCCGCCAGCUCCACCAACUCCAGCGUCAGCGGGCCCGCCGCCUACGACCCCAAUCCCUUCUACCACUACCACACGUCCACCUCGCCCUACGCACAAACCACCAACCUGAUCGUCCAAGACGGCGGCGAAACCAGCCAAAACAUCCCCCUCUACCCACUCAUCCAGCAAAAGCGCCACGUCGACGUGAUCUUCGCCGUCGACUCCCUGGGCUCCGCCUCCUACGACUACUGGCCCACCGGCUCCUCCCUGAUCGCCACCUACAACCGCACCCUCCUCGACAUCGCCAACGACACCUCUUUCCCGGCCGUCCCGGACCUGGACACCUUCCUCAACCUCGGCCUCAACGCCCGCCCGACCUUCUUCGGCUGCAACGCCUCGCAGCUCACCACCCCGACUCCCCUGGUCGUCUACCUCCCCAACCACCCCAUCACCUACAGCUCGAACUACUCACUCACCGAGGGUCAAUUCAACGACACCCAGCGGGAUGCCAUCAUCACUAACGGCUACAACGUCGCCACGCAGGCCAACGGCACCCUGGAUGCCGACUGGUCCACGUGCGUCGGGUGUGCCGUGCUCAGUCGCUCGUUGCAUCGCACCGGCACGGCCACCCCGGAGGCCUGCACCAAGUGUUUCCAGCGGUACUGCUGGAACGGGACCAUCGAUGACCAGACCCCGACGGCCAUGGGGACUUCGCUGCGGGUGGGGGUGGCAGCUUCGGCGGCGCUGGUGGUUCCCCUAUUGGCGGGACUGUACACAGCUUGA